CAUAGUCUAACAUUUUCUCACCAAACUUUUAACCGGCCUCCCACAGUUCCGGCACCACCUUUCUAGGCAGAGGCUUGUGCCUGGUGGUACCCUUUACCUUGAACCCGCCUUCAGAUUUCAUGCACCGAGCCCGCUGAAGGGAAAUGAAAAGAAAACCGUUGACCGAUGUAGAGUCGGUGCCUAAAAUGGUCCAUUUAUAUUGACUUUAGGUCGACAGGAUUUAUAAUCGAGUCAGCGGGAGAUCAAAAGAAAGAAAAGAAAAAGAAACUAGGGUUUAGGCGCUAAACCCAGUUUUUUCCUUCAUAACCCUUUAAUCUUAAUUUACAGUAAUUAUUUAAAUUAUUUUGAUUUUGCUCUGAGUUUGGAUUUCUUUCUAGGGUUUAAAGUGUUUCUGACUGAACAAUCAUGAAAGAAAUUGUGACAAUCCAGGUUGGAGGUUAUGCUAACUUCAUUGGCUCCCACUUUUGGAACUUUCAGGACGAUUUGCUUGGUUUGGCUGAUGAUCCACAUGGAAAUGAAGUGUUUAGAAAUCAAUCUUUGGAUACGGAUGUGUUGUAUCGGUCUGGUGAAACACAUCAGGGUGUUCAGACUUACACUCCUCGUUUGUUAUCCAUCGAUCUUCAAGGAUCCCUUGGUUCUAUGAGUUCUCAUGGUUCUUUGUAUAAUGAUGUUUCUUCAUCUGGUCCUUCUUAUGUUCAAACAUGGAAAGGUAAUGUUACUCGAGAAGUAUCUGAGCCACAUAAAAAGAAUCUGUUCUUGCAAAGCUUGUAUGAGGGAGAACAGAAGGUUGAUCCCACGAAGAAAAUUGAGGAUAAAGACCUAGUUGACAGUCUACAGGAGGAUGUUCGAUUUUGGACAGACUUCUCAAAAGUUCAUUAUCAUCCAAAAAGCUUGUAUGAAAUAAAUGGGUUAUCUAUGGAUGCCAACCAGUUUAAUAAUUAUGGAACUGGAAGGGAUGUCUUUUCUGAAGGCUCACGUGGAGAGGAAAUGAGUGAGAGGCUACGGUUCUUUGCAGAAGAGUGUGACCAUAUUCAGGGUAUCCAAUUCGUCGUUGACGACUCGGGAGGCUUUUCAAGUGUGGCUGCAGAUUUUCUGGAAAAUAUUGCUGAUGAUUACACAAACAUUCCGGUUUUACUUUAUUCUGCACGAGAUCCUCGCCAUUACAUAAAGCCUAUGAACAGGGAGGAUUCCAUAUCAAGAGCUAUUCAUGAUGCAGUCACAUUUUCAAGACUUUCAUCCUUCUGUAAAUUGAUUGCUCCGAUUGGAUUACCCUCAUUGAGUACAAGUGAGGUGUGUAGCUUUCUCCACAUCGACGAUGCAAAACCUUUCUACUCCAGUGCAGUGUAUGCGUCGGCACUACACUCCAUAAGUCUCCCAUUUCGGAUGGCACCAGUUGGGCCAAACGCAGACUCCCGAUAUGUUGCUGGUGCUGUUGAUGUUAAUGGGAUUGUACAAAUGUUAUCUGGCCAAGGAAGGCAAAAUAUGGUGGCAAUUCUGGAUGUGGCUAUGCCAGCUCCUUUGAUAGGUGGAGCAAGUCAACGAUCUUUCCAGGGAAGCUUGAAUUCUUUGACCCCAGACGUUAAAGAAGAUGCAGAAGACUCUUAUGAAGUAGAAUCCAUGACUAUUCAUGGAGCCCUCCGUUCAGGAGGCAAUCACGCUUCGAUUUCUGAAGUAAAGGAUUCAGUGACCGCUGCUUAUGAAAGUUCAGGAAAGAGACCAAUGUUCUCUCAUUUAUCAGUGGCUUCCUGUCCUCUGCCAGUACCACUGCCAUUUCCUUCUAUAUUCGGCAACUGUGUGGGUCAACAUGGAGAACUGUUAGGCAGCCCGAUUCCAGGGUCCCUGCCAAGGAGGAGUUCGCUCGACGUUCAUUCUGUUCCCAUGGCAGCAAGACUUCGGUCUAGCAAUGCUGUGUUGCCAUUCCUAGAUAAAAGACUGAGUAACCUUAGAAAGUUUGGGAUGGAUAGAGGAGCUGCGGGGAUAGGUUUACUUCAGAACUGGGGUUUUGCGAAGGAAGAAGUAGAUGAAAUGGGAGAGUCAUUAGCGAAGCUGGUGUUGGCUUUGAAUCCUUAUUCUCAAGAUUCCUCUGAUUCUGAUUAGUCGGGUCAAGUGCCUGUAAAACUAAUUUUGUUUUUAACAUAUUUUAUCUUUUUAUACAAAAUGUAACUAAAGAAACUUGCUUCCAUACAAAGUGUUACAAAGGAACUUA